AUGCCGUUUAACAGCAAAAUGCUGGAUUAUUCCUACGAAGAGAACCAACAUCUUUUGUAUUGGCCGGAAUCAUCAAGGUUAAAGCAAGCUCGAGAAGAAAACAAGCCAGCGAUGAAUUACACAAUGCCGGGAAUUCGAGAAGAAUUUAUGCGAAGUUCAAUUGAUUUUCGCUUCAAGGAUUUGUACAACAAGUUCUUUCCAAACCUUGAUAUACCACUCAAUCAACGCGGACUAUCGUGGUUUAUUAAGAAAGGGUUAUUUGAAGCGGCGCUUAAUGGAACUUCUGAUAUGCUGACAUGGUUGGGACAAGGGAAAGAAAAAGCUGGGAGACCUUCAGAAAUUACGCAAGUUUCUAUGGAAGUCUGGUCUUUAAGAUUUCAACUAUUAAUCAACUUGAGAAUGCAUGCACAAUUACUUUCCGAAAUUGCGCCAUUUGAAGAACUUGAUGCACCCGAUCUUUAUUAUCAGUACCGGUCUCCAGACAAGACAGGCAGCUACGUUCCAUUCACAAUGCGUUUAAUUCAUGCCGAAUCAUUGAGAUUUUCACCGUUUCCUUGGAGAAGUCUUAUUAGAAUAAGCAAAUUAUGGGAAGACGUUGAAUCGAUUAUCAAAAACAUGGAAGCUGACCAACAACCCGAAGAAAAUGUGAAAGCUUGGCGAAGUAGGCUGGAGACUGUGAAACUUGUCUACGUCAGAGUUUUGCAUGAGCUGGGGGAGUACAAGCAAUCUAUGGCGAUAUUAGAGCAAGUACGAAACGAUAAUAGCGAUAUGAACGAAAAGCUCGAAAUUACACGCGCCAUGAUGAGAAUGGCAAUGCAAGCCGGAGACGAGAAAUCAAUGAAUUUACAAGCUGAAUAUGCGCACAAGUAUUCUGCGGGAACCAAUGAAAUGAUUCUGCAUAAAGCAUUUCGAAGUAUUUUCCUCGGAGCUUUCACUCACGCUAAUGAUUAUAUCUUCCGAAUACAAAACGAAGAAAAGAAACCGCAGAUUUUAAAUACCAAGGCGAUUGUUCAGUUAUACUCUGCCCAGACGAGGAACGCUGUUGAAACAUUGAUGCAAAUCAAACCAUUGCUCGACGGGCCAACUACUACCAAUCUAAAGACAAUGGCUGAGCUAUGUUAUUCUACCGCGGCAAAGGAUGAACUCCUGAUUAGAUGA